AUGGAUGGACUCGAGCGAAUACCCACAGAGGUUCUUAUCAUAAUCAUCGAGCAUGUAGAUGAUUUCUAUGGACUCGAUAGUCUGCUCCGGUGCUUACCCCGAGCUGCAAUCAUCUUCCAGACCCACAGUGUCAGGAUAACAGAGAAGGUUCUUCGUGCUUGUUCAAUAACAAAACCUUUACCCAAGGUCGGCCUAAUAGACCGUGAUAUUCUAAACCCCAGCAGAGAUCAGGAUUCUUCUCUGAGCAUACCCAACACUUUCAGCUGUGACAUACAUCGAUUCUUUCGAGAAAUUGUCUGUAUCCGCACUCCUUCAUUUCGCUCCAAGUUCCCGGAACUGAGUAUCUCCACUACCAUGUCGAUUUCAUCGGAAAGGUGUCUCAGUCUGCACUUUCGUGGUAGGAGUCAGUCCGAGGCAUCUGAUGUGAUGCGAGGAAUGAUCAAGGUCGCUGCCCAAAUACAACGCUUAGCUUGUGCCUGUCUGUGCCUGAUGCUGGGAAACCUAGAGGAUGCGAUCAAAGGGGCUCCAGAUAUCCAUGUUCGUCGUGCCCACGCUGCUUUUGGUCCAUUUUCUUGGAUAGAAGAGCUCCGCGUCUACAGGGCGCUCUGGAUUUUGCAGAUAUAUUCCGAUAUAUACGCAGCAGUUCGUUCGACAGGGUGGAACAAGGAGUACGAAUGGGCACUUGAAGGAUACGCACAUAAAAGGGGCCUUUCACAUGCUAUGACCGAAGAAGUUAGAACUGUUUACGAAGUUUUGAAAGAAGUCGUCAUUCCGUCGCCUCCAGCGAUCCCUCCAAGAUUUCAAGACAAAUUUUAUGAUUAUCUUCCAUUUCUCUUGAGCCUCGAGCUAAAGAAAGGUAUUGAUUUCCCUAUAUGGGCCCCGCCGCCGAUCCUCCCACUGGACGACGAGGUCGGUGACUCUUGGUAUUUGAGUCCAAGAUAUCGGCAUUUGACUACAGAGCGAGUUGAUGAUUUCGACAAACUCCCGAGACAAGGUGCCAUCAGCAAAGUUUACACCUCUAAGGAUGACUGGAAUUCUUUCAAACCACUUGGUAUCUACAUUUGGGACCCUUGGCGAUAUUACUCUGCAGGAUUGAUGGAGCCUCCAAUUGAGAAAAGGUUGACUCCAGAUGGAGACUACUCGACCUAUUCUGAUGAAGCAAGCGAUCAGGAAGCGAGAAGAAGAGCUUUGCUCUCGCUGAUUGAUUCGCAAGAAAUGGAGAUUUCUUUCCCUUCUCCGGAUCCCUUUGGAGGUCCCACUAGGCGAUGGAGGGAACGCUUUAAUUUCAAUUCCGCUAUAAGUUAG